AUGACACGAAGAAGUGUAGCUAUUAUUGGUGCAGGCCCAUCGGGUCUGGUCGCAGGUAAAGUUCUUGUCGAAGAUGGUUUCGAUGUAACGAUAUUUGAUCGGCAAAAAACUCUCGGUGGUAUUUGGUCUCCAGAUGGCGCCUAUGCUAACUUGUGCAGUCAACAAUUAGCCGGUUUUAUGGAAUUUUCAGAUUUGCCCGAUCUUGAAGCUAAAGAGAAUGCUCCUUGGCAAGAUAUCCAUCGUUACUUGAAGAGAUUUGCAGAAAAGUUCGAUUUAGUCAAACGAAUUCGAUUUCAAAGUACUGUCACAUCGAUCGAUAAGAAUAAUUUAAGGGAUCCAACGCUUCCAUGGACUGUCAAAAUUGAAACAGCUGAUCAACAACAUCAAACAUUACAAUUUCACUUAGUCGUCGUAGCUAAUGGUCUCUUUUCCACGCCUUUCCAGCCCCAUUUUCUUGGUCAGAACAAAUUUGCCGGUCCGAUUGUUCAUGCCAAUAACAUCAAAACGCACGAACAAUUGAUGGAUAAACGUGUUGUGGUUAUUGGUGGCGGUAAAGCUGCUAUUGAUUUCGCUUCAUUAGCUGGAAAGUACGCACUUUCAUGCCAUUUGGUCAUUCGUCGUCCUCAUUGGUUCGUUCCGGAAUCGCCUUUUAGCGAUCGUUUACCGGCAAAAUAUGCAUACUCACGAUUUAUGACGGCUAUUUUAUAUCCAUUCCCAUAUGCACCACACACUCCUCUGUUCUACUUCUUUCGUUGGCUGUUCUCUUCGGUACUCAGAAAUAUAUUGAAAACUAUCUCCAAUCAGAUGGUAUCAACGUUGAAAUCUGAUGUGUACCAAGAUGAAAAGUUCAUUCCAAAGAGUUCGUUUCAUACAUCUGAGAAUAGCGUUCGUAUGACAAAAGAAUUCGCUCAAUUGAUUCGUGACGGUCGAAUUGUACGAAAACUGGCAUCUAUUGAUGAAAUUAUCGAUAGUACGACCAUUCACCUCAGUUCAAAUGAAUUCCUACAAGCAGAUAUGAUUAUCUGUGCUACAGGUUAUUUGGAAAAUUUUCCCUUUCUUUCUCGAACAUUUCAUCGUGCACUUGGUCAAGACAACACCGAUGAAAGUGUUGAUCUUGAUCUCUAUCGUCGUAUAGUUCCUGUUGGAAUUCCGAAUAUUGCCUUUAUUGGUUUACCAGCUAGUUUAAAUACAUGGAUGUUUUUCGAAGUGCAAUCCCAUUGGACGUCUGAUUAUUUUCUCGGUCGGAUUCGAUUGCCAGAAACGGAAAAGGAAAUGUUCGAAGAAAUUCAAACAACACGAAAUUUCAUUCGCCGGUUAUUCAAUCGAAAAUCUUACUAUUUUCAAUAUUACUGGUUAGAACCAAUUGAAAUUUAUCUGCAAGACAUGGGUGUGUCAUUGCAUCGAACCAGUAAUUGGAUAUCAGAGUACUUUGGAGCUUAUCGACCGAAACGUCUGGCUAAUUUACACGAAGAACGACGUUACCGGUAUCGUCAUUGGUAUUGGAGUUUUACACGAACGAUUUUUGUCCUUAUUUUGUUUCUCAUACUGGUUUGCUUUUUCAUUACAUCAUAUCGAGGAUAUCAAAGUUAA